CCUAGUUUUUGAACUUUGCAUGUGUCUAUUUACUUACUUGUCCAAUGCAGAAUCCAAUCGUGUUCGUUUGGUUGUCGUUGCUUCUCUUUACGAGCUUUUUCGUUGCUCCGUCGAGCGGUUUGAUUAAUGCCACCGCUGUAAAAGCUGAUGUAGGCAUCAUUCUCGAUUUCGAAACAUCUGUGGGGAAGAUAAGCAUGACUUGCAUUUCCAUGGCUAUCGAAGAUUUCUAUAAUAACCGCAGCAGCCACCGCGCUGUAAUCGUGCCUCAGUUUCGAGAUUCCAAAAGUGAUGUCAUUGGUGCAGCUUCUUCCGCUAUAGAUCUGCUGAAAAAUCACCAAGUAAUGGCAAUACUCGGUCCUCAGAAAUCAAUCCAAGCAGACUUUGUCAUUGAAAUCGGUGACAAAAUGCGAGUUCCGAUAAUAUCACAAGCAACAAGUCCUGCACUUUCGACUAAAGAAUCGCCCUACUUCAUCCGAUCUGCAUGGUGUUCUUCUUCUCAGGCGAAAGCAAUUGCAGCAAUCGUAAAAGCUUGCGGAUGGAGACAAGUGGUUUUUAUCUACGAGGACACGAAUUACGGAAGUGGAUUAGUCCCCUUUUUAACCGAGGGGCUGUUGGAGAACAACGUUUUAGUCACGUACCAAAGUGUGGUAUCUCCUUCCGCAACAAACGAUCAGAUUCUUCGAGAGCUGUAUAAGCUGAAGACUAUGCAGACAAGGGUGUUUGUGGUUCAUAUGCUUCCUAUUCUUGCGUCUCGGUUCUUUAAAAUGGCGAAAAUGGCUGGUAUGAUGAGUGAAGGGUACGCUUGGAUAAUUGUUGAUGUGUUAACGAGUUUGUUGGAUUCUGUUGAUUCGGAAACUAUUGAAGCAAUGCAGGGGGCGGUGGGGGUGAAGGCCUACACUCCGAGAACCGAGGAACUCGAUAAUUUUACUACGAGAUGGAGUAAAAGGUUUCAUAAGGAGAAUCCUGGUAUGGAAAAGACGAAGCUUAAUGUUUUCGGUUUGUGGGCUUAUGACAGUGUAACCGCUUUAGCGGAUGUGAUUGAACAAGUUGGUGUUUCUUAUCCGAAAUUCAAGAAACCGACGAGAAGAGGGAAUUUAACCGAUUUCGAUGCUAUUGAAACUUCGAAUGUUGGGCCGUUACUUGCUCCGUUGAUCAGAAACUACAGAUUUAAAGGGUUGAGUGGCGAUUUUCAUAUUUCCGAUGGUCAGUUACUACCGUCGGCAUUCGAGAUAGUGAAUGUGAUUGGUAAAGGUGACUACAGAGUUGGAUUUUGGACAGAGAAAUCUGGUUUCACUAAGAAGCUAAUGAAGGGUAAUGAUGUAAUUAAGGAUGCUUACUCGACGAAAAAGGAAGAUCUUGGUCCGAUUAUAUGGCCUGGAAAUACGAUCAAUGUGCCUAAAGGAUGGGAGAUGCCUACAAGUGGGAAGAAAUUAAGGGUUGGAGUACCUGUAAAGGGUGGAUUUAGCGAGUUUAUUAAAGUCGAAAGGGAUAAAGAAACGAAUGCUGUUAUAGCCACCGGUUUUUGUAUUGAUGUUUUCGAACAAGUUAUGGGUUCAUUGCCUUAUGCUGUACCGUUCGAUUAUGUACCGUUCGAAGAAGCUGAUGGAGAAAGUGCUGGAGAUUAUAAUGAACUUGUCCAUCAGAUAUUUCUUGAGAAAUACGAUGCGGUGGUGGGAGAUGUGACAAUAGUGGCGAACAGAUCAAGAUUCGUCGACUUCACGUUUCCAUACACGGAAUCUGGUGUGGUGGCAGUUGUGCCGAUUAAAGAUAACGAGAGGACAAAUGCUUGGGUGUUUAUGAAGCCUUUAACGAUGGGGCUUUGGCUUACGAUCGGAGGUUUUUUCGUAUUUACUGGAUUUGUGAUUUGGGUACUCGAGCAUCGGAUUAAUAAAGCAUUCCAGGGCCCACCAAUGAGGCAAGUUGGAAUGAUUUUCUGGUACUCAUUCUCCACACUUGUCUUUUCACACAGGGAGAAAGUGAUUAGUAACUUGACAAGAUUUGUGGUGAUUGUGUGGGUGUUUGUGGUGCUUGUUCUUACAUCGAGUUACACUGCGAAUUUGACGUCCAUGUUGACCGUACAGCAGCUUCAGCCAACAAUCACCGACUUUUACGACCUUGUAAAGAACAGGGAAUACGUCGGCUGCCAAGAUGGAUCUUUCGUUGCUGGAUUCUUGAAAAACAUGCAAUUCGACAGUUCGAAAUUCAGAACUUAUAGUACUUUUGAGGAGUACGACGAAGCGCUUUCCAAAGGUAGCAGAAAUGAAGGAGUAGCUGCAAUUGUUGAUGAACUACCUUACAUUAGGCUCUUCCUUUCCAAGUAUUGUCACAAGUAUACGAUGAUUGGUCCCACCUAUAAAACUUCCGGCUUUGGAUUCGCAUUUCCGAAGGGGUCACCAUUAGUGCCAGAUGUAUCGAGAGAAAUAUUGAAUCUGAAAGAAGAUGAGAAAAUGGUGAAGAUUUCGAGAAAAUGGUUCGGGGAAGAAGAAGGGUGUCCAGGUGGCGAUAGAACUGUGAUCACAUCUGAGAGGCUAACAACAGAUAGUUUCAAGGGUCUAUUCUUGAUUGCGGGUUUGUCGUCGACAACAGCUCUUACUAUAUUCUUGUCGAUUUUCUUGUACGAGAAUCAGGUUAUACUAUCAUCCGGUGCUUCGAUCAAGGAGAAGCUUAUUGGACUCGGUAGAGCUUUCUGUCAGAAGAAAAACGUGACAAAAUUCAAGGAAUCGAGAAAUGAUGUAGGGAUGGAGUUCGCAGCACAAAGUCCAGCAAUUAGUGUUUCAUGUGACCACAAUGAAGGAAUGGAUGAAGGUUUCUCAACUACAGAACCAGGAACUCCAUUGCAUGAAAUCAUAGGGGGCUAACUCAAAAAUGUACAGGAACAUUUAUUUGUUGAUAUUAAUUACCAAGUUCGUUAUUUCAGUUCAAA